ACAAGAUUAAGAAAAGUUUGUGGCCAAAUGAAAGUCAUGAAAGAGUUAAAAGUAUCAUAUCUGCAGGAGCAUGAGGCAUGGCAGCUUUUUGAGGAAAAUAUUGGUGCUGAAACUCUUUCUAGUCCCCAUAUUGUAGCUCUUGCUAGAGAACUUAUGAAGGAACUAAAAGGCUUGCCAUUAGCUUUGACAACUAUUGGAACAUCAAUGUAUCAAAAAGAUAUGGCUCAAUGGGAAACUGCCAUCCAAUAUAUGCAACAAUCAUGCUGCACCGAUGACAAAGACACACUAGAACUGGACGGAGGGAGUAGUAAUGUUUUUAGGCAGCUGAAGUAUAGUUAUGACAAUUUAAGAAACAAGACCUUGAGAGAUUGUUUUUUGACUUGUGUAAUGUGGCCUGAGGAUGCCAAGAUUCUGAAAGUUGACCUUGCUCAAUGCUGGAUGGGCUUAGGUCUAGUGAACGAGCAGGACAUAGAAUCUUCCUUCAGAAAAUCAUAUAGUCUGAUAGCUGAACUUACAGCUGUAUGUUUGCUAGAGGGUUGGGGUGAUUGGUAUGGUUUUGUUACAGUGCAUGAUGUGAUUCGUGAUAUGGCUAUAUGGAUCUCUUGUGACUGUGGUGAGAACAACGAAAAAUGGAGUGUCCCUGCACCAGUUGGCAAAUACAAAACAUUUAUCAUCCCUUGGAAAGCUGAGUGCAUCUCGUUGAUGUCUAACGAAGUGACCGAACUUGUUCCUAUCAAGUUUAAUCCUUAUCCCAUGAAAUUGAAGAUCUUGUGCCUUCGAAACAACAAUUUGGAUGAAAGCAUAAUUGCUGAGGCAAUUAAGAAUUGCACUUCACUGACAUAUUUGGAUUUGAGUAAUAACUGUCUCGGGAAGAUACCGGAAGAAUUAUGUUCAUUGGGAAAACUAGAGUACCUUGAUUUGUCAGAAAAUCAACUUCUAGGAGCAGAAGUGCCUCAAUGCUUUGGAAACCUCACCAGCCUCAAGUUCUUGUAUCUAACGUCUACAGGCAUACGGACAAUACCAAUUGAGGUCAUGUCUAGCCUGAAAGCAAUGCAAGUAAUAGACUUGAGGACUAUGUGGGCACCUUAUGAGGAAGCUCCUGCGUACUUUAACCCUGGAGUCCUAUUCCGAGAGUUGGGCACCCUACUUCAGUUGAAAGCGCUUGGUGCUGAGGCCCUAGGUUUUGCUGAGUUGGAGUCACUAAGGGAAGCGGCUAACCUCCCAGUUAGAUAUUUGAGUGUGAUGGAACUCGAUAGAGGUGCAUUAUUUCUGAUAUUCUAUCAAAUAACUUUGCACAAAGGACGUUGUAUGAACUGGAUAUCAGAUUCUGCUUCAGCCUGA